AGUGUAUUGAACAAAUAUAAUUCUUCGUGAGGGGUCUAUUUCUUUAUGUCGUGUAGUUUUUUACUUUAUCUUACUUAUGAUCUUAUGCACAUGAUGCUUUUUUUGAUACAAGAGGGUUCUUUUUUGAUUGAAAAAGGGAUAGGAGAUGUUUUAUCAAUUUUGAAAAUUCUGUCUAUUUUUUUCUUUUAUCUGAUAAUUUCUUGUAUUUUCAUCUAAUCAAUUUAUUUUUAUGUUUCGAAUCGAUUAGCAAAUCUUUUUUUUUAGAUUUGUUAGUUCAACGGUUUGAUUAGCUCGAAAAAUAGCUUUUCUCUUUGUUUUAAUUCAAUUUAAUUGCUUUUGGUUCGGAUUGUAUCCAUGUCUAUAUACCCCUUGUUGAGCUGAAGUUUUGUUUAAUCGAUAUUUUCUCGGGGUUGCUAACUCAAUGGUAGAGUACUCGGCUUUUAAGUGCGGCUAGAAUCUUUUACACAUUUGGAUGAAGUGACGAAUUCGUCCAUACCAUUGGUAAACUUUGGAAGACCACGACUGACCCUGAAAGGGAAUAAAUGGAAAAAAUAGCAUGUCGUAUCAAUGGAAAGUUCCGAGGAUAUUUAAUUCUUAUCCGAUUGGUACAAAACCUUCUUCGAAUUCUUGGAACAGAACAAAAGAAAGUUGGGUCGAAUGAAUAAAUGGAUAGGGGCCCUGCGGCUUCAGUUAAUUCUUAGAAAGAAAAAGCAACCGGCUUCUGUUCUUAAUUUGAACAAUUUCCCGAUCUAAUUAGAUGUUAAAAAAAAUUAGUGCCCGAUACGGGAAGCACUUAAGUGGAUUCUAUUUUUUUAAUGAAUCCUAAUUAUUCCCAUUCUCUAUUAUGGAAUGAAGAUGUGUGUGUAUAAAGAAGCAGUAUAUUGAUAAAGAAAGUUUUUUUCCGAAAUCAAAAGAGCGAUUGGGUCGAAAAAAUAAAAGAUUUCUAACCAUCUUGUUAUCCUAUAACAUUAACACGUACGGAUUAAAUGAAAUGAAUGGAAAAAGAGAGGGUAGAGAAUCUGUUGAUAAGUUUACUUGUCUCCGAGGUAUCUCUUUUUACUAGAAUACUUUGUUUUGACUGUAUCGCACUAUGUAUCAUUUGAUAACCCCCGAAUCUUCUACCUUUAAUUCAAAUGGAAAUUAAAAUGGAGAAAAUCCAAAGAUCUUUACAGCUAAAGAGAUCUCAACAACACGACUUCCUAUAUCCACUUAUAUUUCAGGAGUAUAUUUAUGUGUUUGCUCAUAAUCGUGCUUUGAAUAGAUCUAUUUUAUCGGAAAAUCUAGGUUAUGACAAUAAAUCCAGUUUACGGAUUGUGAAACGGUUAAUUACUCGAAUGUAUCAACAGAAUCAUUUUAUUAUUUCUUCUAAUGAUUCUAACAAAAAUCCAUUUUUGGCGCGAAACACUAAUUUAUAUUCUCAAAUUAUAUCAGAGGGGUUUGCUUUUAUUGUCGAAAUUCCGUUUUUUCUACAAUUAAUAUCUUGUCUAGAGGGGAAAAAGAACAAGAUAGUAAAAUCUCAUAAUUUACGAUCAAUUCAUUCAAUAUUUCCAUUUUUAGAGGACAAUUUUUCACAUUUAAAUUUUGUAGUAGAUAUACUAAUACCUCGCUCUGUCCAUGCGGAAAUCUUGAUUCAAACUCUUCGCCAUUGGGUAAAAGAUGUUUCUUCUUUGCAUUUAUUACGAGUCUUUCUCAACGAAUAUUGGAAUUGGAGUAGUCUUCUUUCUCCAAAGAAAGUAAGCUUCUCUUUGUCAAAAAGAAAUCAAAGGUUAUUUUUUUUCUUAUACAAUUCUCAUGUAUGUGAAUACGAAUCUUUUUUCACCUUCUACGUAACCAAUCUUUUCAUUUACGAUCAACGUCUUCUGGAGUUCUUCUUGAAAGAAUCUAUUUCUAUAUAAAAAUAGAAGGUCUUAUGACCACCUUUGUUAAUAAUUUUCAGGCGAACCUAGGGUUGGUCGAGGAACCCUGCAUGCAUUAUAUUAGGUAUCAAAGAAAAUCCAUUCUGGCUUCAAAAGGGACAUCCCUUUUC